AUGGUCUUCCGCUUCGCCAAAACCCUCGACCCAAUAACCCUCUUCCACACCCCCAGCUCCACGCCCAGCAAAACCGCCUACAAGAUCCUCCAAUCCGCAUCCACAGCCGCGCAAUCGCCCUCCGCGCCCGCCAACACCCGCGGCGAAUUCCAACUCGAGAUCACCACCGGCCCUCCAACCACCGAUCAACUCCGCAAUAUCCUGGACUAUGUUACGGGGAAUCCGGCGGGCGCGGGAGCUCCGGAUAAAGGGGCGAGAUAUACGGUGGGGGAGGUGGUGAGGGGUGCGAGGGAUGCGGAGGAUGCGAUUAAGAGGUUUAAGGCGGAUCCUGAAGGGAGUUUUGUGAGGCCGAUUACUGUCGAUUGGACGAAUGGGCAGGCUGUCGUUGGGGAUAAUGAGUCGGAGAUUUUGAAGAUGGUGCAGCAGCUCAAUGAGUAG